AGGGGCUUCAGUUUGUCAUCUAGAAAGUUCCAGCAGAGAAACACACCUCUGAGAGAAACAGGAGCAACUCUUAACAGCUUUAUCCACCGACGGAGACGUACUCUACGGUGAAUCAUGUCUCUUAUCUCGGAGGAAACCGUGCGAGGGGAGAGUCUGUUCAAGGAUCUGAGCGCAGACGGAGACGACUGGCUGCCCACUGAGAUAGAGAGUAUGUGUAUGAACUGCCACCUGAACGGUGUGACACGUAUACUCCUCACCAAGAUCCCUUUCUUCAAAGAGGUCAUCGUCAGCUCGUUCAGCUGUGAUGAAUGCAGAUGGUCCAACACUGAGAUCCAGUCUGCUGGUCGCAUCCAGGACCAAGGUGUCUGUUACACACUCACAGUCAAAACAAAGCAGGACUUGAACAGGGAGGUGGUGAGAGCAGACAGCGCCACCACCAAGAUCCCCGAGCUGGAUUUUGAGAUCCCUCCCUUCACCCAGAAGGGAGCUCUCUCCACCGUUGAGGGCCUCUUGGACAGAGCGGUUGCUGGUUUGGAGCAGGACCAGACUGUGAGGCGAGCGGCGGACCCAGAGGUGGCUGAGAAGAUAGAUGAGUUCAUCCAGAAGCUGAAGAAGUUGAAAGAGGUGGAGAGCGAGUUCACGCUGGUGAUUGAGGAUCCGUCUGGGAACAGCUUCGUGGAGAAUCCUGUGGCCCCUCAAAGAGACGAGGCUCUCGUUAUGACCAUGUUCAAGCGGACGGUGCAGCACGACAUCCAGCUGGGGAUAAGGGCAGACGACGAUGACGAUUUGGACGAGGAACCAGCUGGAAACGACAUGGAGACCAUGAGGGGGGAGGUUUUGGCCUUCGACACCAACUGCCCCAACUGCAACGCGCCGGCGUCCACCAACAUGAAGCUCGUACAUAUCCCUCACUUCAAGGAGGUCAUCAUCAUGGCCACCAACUGCGACAGCUGUGCACACCGGACCAACGAGGUGAAAUCAGGCGGGGGCACGGAGGAUAUGGGCACCAAAAUCACCCUGCACCUCACCGACGUCUCGGACAUGACCCGGGACGUGCUCAAGUCGGAGACGUGCGGCAUCGCCAUCCCGGAGCUGGAGUUCGAGCUGGGGAUGGCGGCAGUCGGCGGCAAGUUCACGACCCUGGAGGGGCUGCUGAUGGACAUCAAGGACCUGAUCGUCUCCAAAAACCCCUUCAUCUGCGGUGACAGCGGCACGUCAGAGCGGUUGGAGAAGCUGAACGCGUUCGGGGAGAAGAUCGACCGGAUUAUAGCGGGAGAACUGGAUGUCCACGUCAUCCUGGACGACCCGGCGGGGAACAGCUACGUGCAGAACGUGUACGCCCCGGAUCCAGAUCCUGAGCUCACUAUUGAGAAGUACAUCCGCACGUUUGAGCAGAACGACGACCUCGGCCUGAAUGACAUGAAGACUGAGGGAUACCAAGAGGAGCAAUGAAACCUCCAGCACCAUCUGAAUGGACUAAAUGAGCUGAUACAUUUAUUAAUGUUGUGUCAAAAACCCAACAUGUUCAUAUAUCGCCCUAUAUUUUCUUCCAUUUUCAUACAUUUUAAGUUUAACACUGGGUGAAAGGGUUGUUUCCAUAAGUAUAUUAAUCCGUGAGAGGAAUUCUAAGUUGUCUAAAUGUACCAAAAAAAAUGCUUGACAUGAGUUGUUAUUAAAGAGAAAUCCUUUAACUCAA